AUGGAAAAUUUAACUGAAAGUUGCUAUUCCUUAUCAAAUAAUAAUAACAUACGAAUCGAUAUGCCAUUACUUCAAAGAAAGAGCUCAUCUGAGCUAGUUAGGAGACAAUUGUACAAGACUAAGAUGUGUGCAUUUUACAAUGUAGGGAAAUGUACAAGGGGAAAUCUCUGUGCCUUCGCGCAUUCAGUUCAAGAACUUCGACCUCUUCCAGAUUUAAGAUUCACAAGACUUUGCGAAAUGACAAAGAAAGGGGAUGUGUGUAGAGAUAUGAACUGUACAUUUGCUCAUAGUUUGAAUGAUUUAAGAACUACAGAAAUCCCUCCAAGUCCAUUUUAUGAAUUAAGUCCUAAUUCUAAACCCAUGGAAGGUAAUAUUUCAAUUAAAAGAUAUGAUACUCCUAACAACAUUUUUAAAUCAAAGAACAAUUCUUUUAAGGAUAUUUUUCAGAAUAAAAGUGAUGGUGAAGAAGUUUUCGUGUCUAGCUGUGAUGUAACACCCAAAAAUUUUUCGAUGAAAGGUUCAAUUGUCACUGAUACACCAUAUUUGAAUCAGUUUACUCCUCAAUUAUAUCCUUCUUUAAAAUAUCAAGGAGUUAGUAGCCUCUCAACUUGUAUCUUUUCCGGUUCAGAGACUCCUCAAGCUUCUUCAAUUAAUGCUAAUUGGAUCAACGGUGACUUCGGUUGCCCCUUAACACCUAAUAUUUCUGCAGUAGUUUCACAAACAAACUGUAACCUUAAACAUAAUCAAGAUACUUUCCAGGAUUCUCUCAGCUACUUUGCUAAAAAUACUCAAUUUAAUAAACUUCCAGAAUGGACAUUUGGUCCUAACGAUGAGACGUUUUCAGCUCUUAAAUGCGAAAUACUGAACAUUAUUGGUACUGAUAACCAGUUUACUGAGGACUUAAACCACAAGGCUUUAUUGAAUUAG